GAAGCCCAGAGCGUCGCGUGGGCUUUGCUGCGCUGCCGGGGGCCCCACAGAGAAACAGCAGUGCAGCGGCUGAGGGAGUUGCUGCUGGGGCAGCUGCGGCUGCUCCAGCUGCAGCACGAAGGGCAGCAGCAGCCCUGGCAGCAGCAGCAGCAGCAGCAGCAGGAGUUCUGGGCUGCCCCGUCGUUCCGGGAAGCAGCUUCUCUUGUUGCUGCGCUGCUUCGCUUUGGAUCCCUGGAUGCUUUGCUGCUGCAACAGCUGUGGCGAGGGGUCUGCAGGGGCCUUGCAGCAGCAGACGGGGGCCCCGGGGCCCCCCAGCUGCUGCUUGCUGCUGCUAUUCGGGCUGUUGCUGCUGGGGCCCCCGCAGGCAGCGUUGCUGUUGAUGCAAGAAGGCUCAGCCAAGCAGCAGCAGCAACUCACUUGAGCGACAGUGGCCUCUGGGCUUCUUUGUGGGCCAUUCUGCAGAAGCUGCUGCACUUGCCUCCUGCUCGCGAACUCUCCGCCUUUGGCUGCUCUUUGCCACCAAGGGGCCCCCCUGGUGAGGGCACCCCUGGGGGCCCCCCUGGGGGCCCCUUUGGGGGCCCCCUGGGGGGCCCCAAGAGGGGGCCCGUGGCGUCUGGCCUGGGGGUUUUGAGCUUCCGGUUGAGCCGGUGGCUUGCUUGGGACUCAGCUGCAGAGAAAGACAGAUUUGCUGCUGCUCAGCUGCUGCACCUGACGGCUGCGUUGCCUUCUGCUGCUGCUGUCUGCGGCGACGCGCCGCUGCUGCAGGCAGCAGCAGCAACAGCAAGGCGUAGGCUGCUGCGCUCCAGCUGCAGCAGCAGCAGCGCGAGCAGCAGCAGCAACAGGGGAAGCACUAGCUUGGAGCUGGCAGAGGCUCAGCACAUCACUUGCUGCUGGGUGGCUCUCUCCCGGCUGCUGCUGUCGCUGCAGCAGAUUCACGAUGUUGCUGCUGCAGCAGUGUAUCCCCAGCUGUCGGUCGAGGAGGCUCGCUGCCUGCUGGACUACCGCAGCAGCAUCAGCAGCAGCAUUAGCGGCAGCGGCAGCUGCAGCAACAGCGAAAGCAGCAGCAGCACCAGCAGCUGCAGCGCCCCUUCCGCCUUUUUGUCGCCACAAGGCGUCUCAGCCCUCCAGUGCGCAGUCAUGCCUGACACUGCAGCAGCAGCAGCAGCAUCAGAUGCUGCUGCGUUGCUGGAAGCAGCAGCAGCAGCAGCAGCAGCAGCAGCA